AUGAUGUCACGAAGUUGCUCGAGCUCGAGUCUUUGGGAGGUGAGAGCGCAUACCCCCACCGUCAGUCAGUUCGGGAUUGUCGCGUCAGUGGUGGCGAAGUAUGAGGAUGCGCACCUCGAUGCAGCGGCGUCGGAGUUCGUGGACGAGACUCUAGAUCUACUCACCCCGAAGGAGGGAAAGAAUGUUUACUGCAACAUUUCACGCGGUGGAGAGACACUGGAGGAGCUGUUUGGCAGUGCGGAGAGGGUGGAGCGGUUGAGAGAGAUCAAGAAGACAUGGGAUUCCGCGAAUCAGUUCAAGGGAUUUGCAAGCUUACUAUAA